AUGUAUUUCUGUGUUUCAGGUGCGAUGGAGUCUCGUGGAGCCGGCUUCUACUAUGAGUUGAGGCUUCGUAAUUAAUCGGGACUGGCAUGGAGAAGGAGAACUCCGCAUCGGGCGGAGGCGGCGGGGGCGGCGGGGGUGGCGGAGCUGAAGCAGCGGCCGCGGCGACUCCGGGCGCCACCUCCACCUCCGAGAAACUCCAGGCGGACCAGGCCAAUCCGUUGCUCGAUCCAACUGCGCUCUUCGGCGCAUACUGGCCUCGGGGCGACAGCGCGGCGUCGUCGCUCUUCGGCGGGAUGCCGGGUGGUUACGGCUUGGGGGCCCACCAUUUGCCCUCGGCUUACGCUAUUCUCGGCCGAGGGGGCUCAGCGCCUGGCUUUGGGGGCCACACGCCAGCCACGGCGCCACCCCCGCCCCCGUAUUCGCACAGUAGCCUUGGGACGCUCAGCGUAGCUGCCAGUCAAGCCGCGAGUCUGGGCAUCAAUCCGGCGAGCGCGGCAUGGUGGACAAUGGCCUCUCAUCUGGCGGCGCAGGACUACAUCGCGAGGCUACAAGGAGCGGCAGGACUCCCCGGAUUUCCACCCGGUGCCGAGAGCCUCCUGCCGCCCUAUCCCGCCUCUCUACUUAAUCCCCCGUCCCUCUCGUCCCACAAGUCCAGUAAGUCUAAGUCAAGCAAGAGCCACAAGACGCCACCAGCCAGCAGUAGCAGCUCGACGACGCCGAGUAUGACGAGCAGCAGCCUGCCGGUGUCCACUCAAGCGCCGGUGACGUCCUCUCAUCACAACACCCCGGUCAGCAGCGCGUCGAAUUCGCAGACGAACGUCGUCAGUUCCGCCAAGGAAGGAAGUGAUCCUAGCAGUAUAUUGGGGGGAGUGCGUCUGCCUCCCGACACGGAGAUCAUCAAGUACACGUCGAGUAUAGUCGGCCCGAAGGUGCCUGGGACGACGAAUCGCGGCAGGAAGAAGACAAUAUCCCUGGACACCCCCAGUGUCAGCGUACACCCGCCGCCUGUCCCUGCCCUCAGCGGGCAUCAGACGAACACGACGUCCGCGUCGUUGAUGAUGGAGCCGAGGAAGUACAAUCGCACGGGGGCCGAGUCGAACGAGUACCGAGACACGGUGGAUCGAGUGGAGGUGAUCAAGCUGCCGGCUCAUUCAACCAACGGCUCCGUUCUCUCGGCGCCGACGGCGUACACCAGCAGCGGCGGCAGCGGCAGCAGCAGCAGCAGCAGCAACAACGCCAACAACGUCAACGAUUCGGACGCGCCCCUAAAUCUGUCCCUAAAGCCCGCCACGACGAGCAGUAGCUCGCCGAUUUCUGGUAGUCAGCCGCUCAGUCAGCUCAGUAAUUUAAGCCAAUCGUUACUCGCCUCCGAUCGAACGUCGAGACGAAAGCCCGGACCCAAACCGAGAAGAGUGCCGCAGAAUUCGGUGCCGGUGCCAGCGUCGCCUAGUCCCUCCUUGGCGCAGCUGUUCGCCGCGGCGGACUCGCCGCAGCGGCCGAGCAGCGGCAGCGAGGAGAGCGAGAGCGCGAGUACGACCCAUCACAAGGACGGCAGGCCACGGAAUCUCGGCCGCGGCGUGUCAAAGCCCAAGAAGAACACCGUCGCCUCGCUGUUAGCUCAGAGCAGAGCCCUCGGGAUCAAGCCUACUCCGACCUUGGAUCCUAGUGUGCCAUUGUCUCACCAAGUGUCGUUGCUGCGGUCGAAUAUACUGGCGGCACAGUUGCACGCCUCCGCCACCGGCCAGGGUGACGAUAAGAAUCAGCGGUCUUUGCAGGAGAAAAUGAAGAACAAAUUAUUGGAGGCCUCGGGCGAGGAGAGCAACAUGGACGUGACCAGCGAGAGCGGCAGCAACACCGACGUCGUCACGGACACCGACGACGACAACGUGGAGGGCACAUCCAGCGCAAAGCGGAGGAAGCUCAAGCCCAGCGAGCGAGAUCUACAGAUGCCUCUGGAGCGCGGUUGGAAGCGCGAAACGGUUAUCAGGGGACUGGGGAAGACGGGAGUGAUAAAAGGCGACGUGUCGUAUUACAGUCCCUGCGGGAAAACUUUCAGGAGCAGUCCCGAUCUAGUGAAGUUUCUGGAGCAUCAAAACCCCGUCGAACUGACAACCGCCAAUUUCUCGUUUUCCUCGCGACCGUUGGUCGGCGAAUUCUUGCAGCCGACCAUGGGUUUAGCGGAGGCCGAAUUCGUCAGACUCGGCGCUCAGGAGGUGGCGAGGAGACUGGAGGAGCUCCGGGCGGCCGGCGGCUUCAGGGACGUACGUACGAACAACCAGUACGAGCGGGACAAGCUGGCUUAUGCGAAAAAACUCGCCAAGGAGGAGGCGCAGCGGCACAAGGAGCAAGCGAGGCUUAUUAAGGAGCAGGAGAAGACGGAGCGGCAGGAAGCCGUGAGACGGGAACGGGAGAUCAGGAAUCAACAGCUGCUCGAGGGUCGAAAGCGGCUCGCGUUCACGAUCAAGCAGAAAAUGAAGAUCAUCCAAGAGAUCGAGCGCGGCAAGAGCAAGAGCGACGUGGCUCGCGAGCUGGGUCUGGCGAGCAGUACGGUCGCCACCAUCUGGAAGAACCGCGAGAGCAUCGCCGAGAGCUGGCGCAACCGGGACAUGAUGCAGCAACCGGAUGUCGAGGACGUGCAGAAGAAGCCGCUGCCGCCGCCGAUCUCCUCACUGUCGUCCGGCUCGACGACGGCGGCGCUCUGCGCCCCGGCGGCGAUGGCGACGACGACGAUCACGACGACGAUCACGACGACGCCGCCAUCGACGUCGUUGGCCUCCGUGGUCGUGGCACCGCCGCAGGUACAGGUGGUACCGCCGCCGUCGUUGCCGCCGCCGUUGCCCACCCUGAGCCUGCAGUCGACGUCGGUGGGCUUGGCGCCGUCAUCGCAGCCGACGGCGCCGACCUCCACGUCGAACCAGUCGUCCUCGACGUCGACCACGUCGACCGGCACGACGACCACGGCCGUACCGCCGGACAAUACCCAGCAGGCUCAGACCCAGACGCAGAGCCAGGAACUUCUGGAGGCGCGGAAAAAACGGCAGGAAGAGGUGGAGAAGAUCCGACUGGAAGAACAACAAAGGAAGCAACAGGAACGGGAGCUGAAGAGGCAGCAAGCGGUGAUGCUGAAGGAGCAGAUGUACAUGCAGGAGCUCACCAAGCAGCGCGAGAUGCUCUACACCGUCGAGCUGGAGCGAGAGCGGAGGAGACAGCACAUGACUCUCGUGCGGGCGCUGGAGAACCGGCGGAAGAUGGAGGAGAAGGAGAAGAAGCGCCUGGAGGCGCGCGCCGAGAGAAUAGCGACGAAGGAGAAGCGGGCGGAACAGAGGAGGGUCGAGAUGGAGCUGAUCGAACAAAUCCGCAAGCCCGUGGAGGAUAUGGAGCUGACAGAUCACCGACCACUGCCAGAAGUCAAGAGAAUACCCGGUCUUAAGCUCUCUGGGCAAGCGUUCGCGGACAUCGUCAUGGUGUUCGAGUUUCUGCACAAUUUUGGGGAGACUUUGGGAUUCGAUAUGGAAUCGCUGCCGAGCCUGAAGAGCCUCCAGCUCGCUCUACUCAACGACGAGGAGGCCGAGGAGGAAAUGCUGUCGGUGAUGACGCAUCUGUUGGUGUGCGCUAUCGAAGACCCGGGGAUCCCGCAGCCUGCCAGACACACCACAGGUCUGGGCCAGAGUCUGCGCCAGGCUGACAUCACCCACGCCAAUAUCAGCGAGGUCCUGCGGAUCUAUCUGUAUGCGAACGCGACCGGAGAGGUGAAGGCGCUCACGGGGGUGUGCCUGGAGCGCGAGCGCGACAAGAAGUUCGCCGACCAUCAUCAGAAUGGUGGCGACUACGCCUCGACGUGCUCUGGGAAGAACGCGCAGUUCUACGAGCAUUUGCAUAACAACGAAACGUGGAAGAUGUCGGAGAGAUUGCGCGACAAGCCCUUCUUGGCGCUGAACUCGACACACAAGGCGCAGAUGCUCGCUUUCCUGUGCAACGAGCUGCUGCAAAACAAGGCUGUGAUCAGGCAGAUAGAGGGUAGCCUCGAGACGGUGGCUCAACUGCGGAAGGAGAGAUUCGUGUUGGAUACGAAGAUUAGAAAGCUGAGACAGUUGCACAGCCGGAAAGUGCGAAUGGAGGCCGUAGGCGUUGUCGUGAACAAGAUCGGCGACACAAUCACCAUCGAGAAGAAGGAAGGCGACGAGGAAGGCAAUACCACGUCCACCGCGGUAGGCACGACACCUACGCCAGACGAAAUUCACCAUGAAGACGAAGUGGAGGACAUGUCUGAGAACGAGAGCGAAGGCACUCAACCAGAAGAGGAGGAAGACAAGAACCUGUCGGGCGAGGAACUGGGCAAAAAGUUGGACAAACUGUUGAAGCAGUCGGAGGAGCAGCUACAGAAGCUGAACAGCUCCUCGAAGCAGCUGCGGGCGCAUAUCUUUGGCCAGGACAGGUACUGGAGGAGGUAUUGGGAGCUAGCAUGCGCCGGCGGCAUCUUCGUGGAGGCCAUGGAGAGCGCUGAGCCGGAAGUGCUCGAGCUCCAGACCGAGCUGGACGAGAAGUACAAAAACAUGCCGGUGGAGGAGAAGCCGGAGAGCGUGAAGCAGGAGGACACCAAAACGAGCAUUGAGAAUUACGAGACCGAGGCAUCGAACUCCGAGGUGAAGGAGGAGAAGAAGCACAACUCGAGCGAGCAGAACGAGGACAUGAAAUGUUACAGCGACAAGGAGAAGCCCGAGGUGGAGGAGAUCAACUGUAAGAAGGAGCCUGUGCAGAAUUACGGCAUCGAUAAUUCGGAGAGCACGAAGGAGGUGAGUGAGAAGAGACACGACAUGGACAGCAUGAUGGCGGACGCGAAGACGAACGUCACUUCGGAGGAGAUCAAGCAAGAGACCGAGGUGGUCAACAUGGACGUCGAGAUGAAGAUCGAGGAGGUGAAGAAGGAGAAUGAGGAGACGGACGAGGAGACGAUGAUGACGAAGCCCGUGGUGGUGAAAAUAAUGGAAGACAAGAUUGUCGAAACCAUACCGAACGGCGACAAGUUCAAUCACGUGAACAACUUACAUAACGGCAAAGAGCUCAACGGCACCUUCAUCUCUAUCAUGUCCAUCAUUUCAGACAACAGCACCGAGCCCAACUGGUUCUCCAUCCUGCCGCGCGAGACUUGCGACACCCCGGGACCCAGCACCAAGCAGAUUUUCGGCAUCGCCGAGCCGACCGAGCUGCGAAUCCCCGUGUUCCCGCCGCCAGCUAGUCCGAGUUACGACAGGUGCGACAGUCCGGCGCCUCUGAUCCUCACGCAGGACGAGGCUACGCAAUUGGAGUACUUGAAGGUGCACGGUUUGCCGCCUCCUGGCGAAGCCAAGCCGGUACCGAAAGAUCUGAGGCACGGCUGGUGGAGGAUAACGGACAUCGACACGUUCCAAGAACUACUCGAGCAUUUACAUUCUCGCGGUGUCCGCGAGAAGGAACUGAAGCGCACAACAUGGGCGACGAUGGAGUCCUUCCUAGCCGUGACCGGCCGCAUCAACGUCGACCCCGGCAACGUGAUCGCCACGGAACUGCAAGCGGAGCCGGACGACCCCAACAACAUGCCGCCGAUCCCGAAGCCCGACAAUCCGAGCGACUGGAGCGAGCAGGUCGCGCUACGUGUGGACGCUCAGCUCUUGGAGCAAGUGGAGGCCCUCGAGGACAAAGUGGCCAACGCUAGCAUGCAGGUGAAGGGCUGGAAGCUGCCGCCGCGGGCCGGGACCGAGGAGGCCGACGAGAUUGAAAAGUUGAACGAAAUGGAGAAGAUUAGCGCGGUCGAGCAAGCGCGGCAAAGGCUACUUUCGUUGGAGGCAGCUAUAGAGAGGAGAUACUUGAAGCCACCUUUGGGCGUUUGCACGGGAGAUCCGAACCUGGCAGCCCUCAAGGCAGAACAGGCGGCGGCGGCGGCCGCUAACGCAAACUCGAAUAACUCCGAACAGAAUAGCCAGGCGCCAGUACCGCCAGAGGAAACGACGCCGCGUGGUCUCAACAACUGGCGGGAGGCGACCGCGCGUGCUCACACAUCGGCACAGCUCGCCAUGGCGCUUUACAUGCUCGAGGCCAGCAUCGCUUGGGACAAGAGCAUCAUGAAGGCUGUGAGUCUAACAACAGCUAGAAACUCGGUCUGCGUCAAGCUACGAAACCGCUGCGUCUCACUCAAAGCUACCAAUCAGUACAAUCAGCUAUUGACUACUUCUCAGGCCUCUAAUUGCCAGUUUUGUCAUAGUGGGGACAACGAAGAUAAGCUGCUGCUCUGUGAUGGCUGCGACCGUGGCUACCAUACUUACUGUUUCCGUCCAAAAAUGGAAAACAUUCCUGAUGGUGACUGGUAUUGUCACGAGUGUAUGAACAAAGCGACAGGCGAACGCAAUUGUUUGGUGUGCGGCAAGAGAGUGGGUAAAAACUUGGUCCUGUGUGAACUCUGCCCUCGGGCUUAUCACACCGACUGCCACAAUCCCGUGAUGCCAAAAAUGCCGCGAGGAAAAUGGUAUUGCUCUAAUUGCCACAGUAAGCAACCAAAGAAGAGAAAUAGUAGUCGAAGGAGUCAUACCAAAGGGGGAGGCACCAGAGAAAGUGAAAGUUCUGACCAUCCACCAGCUAGUCCAACGCCAUCAACGGCAUCGAACACACACGUAGAGGACGUCAGUUCGUCGGAACCGGCGACUCCUACCGCCUCGCCACGGAAGGAGGGUAACAAUAGGACGCUCACGAAGAAGCAACAACGAGAGCUGGCACCAUGUAAGGUACUCCUCGAACAGUUGGAGCAGCAGGAUGAGGCCUGGCCGUUCCUCCUGCCAGUGAACACCAAACAGUUCCCGACCUACAAGAAAAUCAUAAAAACCCCCAUGGAUCUCAGUACGAUUAAGAAGAAGUUGCAGGACUCCGCGUACAAGUCUCGCGAUGAGUUUUGCGCCGAUGUCAGGCAGAUGUUCAUCAACUGCGAGGUAUUCAACGAGGACGACAGUCCCGUGGGCAAGGCCGGCCACGGGAUGCGCAGUUUCUUCGAAAUGCGCUGGACCGAGAUCACCGGCGCGCCGCCCCCGCAUCCGCAAACGCAUAGCUGAGGCUCGGUACGUUCGCGCAACAACACCUGCAACAGCUUCGCCCAUUUCUACUACUAGGAUAUACUACAUACACACAUACACACACGACACAACACGCACUGCGCGCGUUAACGAUCAACAUGCUGCAACGUCUUCGAUCGAGAGAGAGAGAGAGAGAGAGAGAGAGAGAGAGAAAGAGAGAGCGAACGAGAGAAAAAGUAAGAAAGAA